AUGGAUCAUGAAACAUAUUUUGAAACAAAUAAGGAACCAGUUUUAUUAAAAGAUUGUGCACAAAAAGUAGAGGAUUUUGUUAAAAUACAAUUAAAAAAUAAUAAUCGUGUGGUCCUGGUCACUUCUGGUGGCACAGCAGUACCAUUAGAGGCUCAAACAGUUCGAUUUUUGGAUAAUUUCUCAGCAGGAACUAGAGGAUCCGCUAGUGCGGAAUAUUUUAUUAAAUAUGGUUAUUCAGUUGUUUUUUUAUAUAGGCAAUAUACACUUCUUCCAUAUUCGAGAUGUUAUUUUCAUGAUAAAUAUGAUUUUUUGGAUUAUUUUGAGGAAACAGAUGAUUGCAAUGUAGUCGGCACAGUUUUAGUUAAGGCUGAAUAUAGGGAAAAAAUGGCUUAUCAUUUAAGAUGUUAUCAGGAUGCUAAAUUAAAUAACAAACUUCUUAUAAUUCCUUAUAUAACAAUUACGGAAUAUUUGUAUUAUUUACGUGAGAUUGCUAUUAUUUUUCGUCCACUUUCAGAAAAUGCACUUUUUUAUCUUGCAGCAGCUGUAUCUGAUUUUUUUAUUCCUCCUGAAAGGAUUCCUGAACAUAAAAUUUCUAGUGAUUCUAAUGGUAAACGACUUGUAAUCGAAUUUGAUCCGGUUCCUAAGUUUUUAGCAAAACUCAUUGAAAAAUGGGCGCCUCGAGCAAGUAUUAUAAGUUUUAAAUUGGAAACAGAUGAAGACAUUCUUAUUUCCAAUGCAAGAAUGUCUCUUCAGCGUUAUGGGCAUCGACUUGUUAUUGGUAAUAUAUUAACAAAACGCAAGUAUGAGGUUGUUUUUGUCACAAAAACUCAAGAAUCAUGGAUACGAUUGACUCAAGAGGAAAAAGAAAACGGCAUUGAGGUAGAAUCAAAAAUUGUUCCUCUUGUUAUACAAUUACAUGAUACUUGGAUUCAUUUAUAA